AUGCCAGCCUUGAACCAUAAUCUGCCCGUUGCCCGGAGAAUGAGGUCCAACCCAGACGUCGAGCAAGAUGUUGCCGGCCGUCAGGCUGGCCGUCCUCCGCAUGGGCCCGUACAGCCCGCAUCUGGCGAACCUUCCAGCUCAAGCACGAGCCGGGCCGACAAUGGCCGGGGAAGGGUCACUGCUCCUCGCUGGGAGCUCACGUCUGACUGGAGGCAGACAAGACCUGGCACACACAUCGACCCUCCAACCGAGUCUGACCAGGAGAGCCGCCAUCGGGAACACGCCUGGGCACUUGAUAUUCUGGCUCACACGGCGUACAACGCCGGGAACAGCCGUCGUGACGAGCUCCGGCCGUCUCCGCCUAGUGCGCUUCGGAUCAGCCUGCGCGAUCGAGCAAACGAUAUCAUGGAGUUUCGACUCAACAACCACCAGGCCCUGGCAUACCAUCACGCCCAGGCUGCUGCUCACAGGCGGCAGGUCAGUCGGGCACCUAACCCAGGCGCUUGCAAUUCCUCGACGAACCCUGAAUGCACCGGUGGGAUCCCCGGGACACCAUGCCGAGUCUACGGGAGCCAGGGGCAUCCCAUCCCUCAGGCUUCUUACAGAAAGGCUCUUGGAAAUGCCCAGUUUGGCACCAGGCACUCGCACCAUAUGGCGCCGCUCUCGACACAGGAUCCCCUAUCGGGCUCCAACACCCAGACUAGCCAUCGCGGCGGACUUCGAACGCAGGCCUAUCGGCAAGUGCUCCCAGCGCCACCUGCACAGCGGCACGGACAGCAGACUCCGUUGCCUCGUACUCAGAACGACGACGACCCGCCUCAAACGUUGGCCGUCUUCAGCCUCCGGGCUGUACCGACCGCCUUCCCCGGGCGUCAGUUAUCGGAGCGCGAGGACGUGCCUCAACCCCCAAACAACCAGCGCAUAGUGCCGGAUGCAAUUCCCGCCGCCGACUACCAUGCGUCCCAGCUCCCCAGCGGACAGCCCGGAUACACGCAUGAGGCCACGGCUACAAGCACGACCGAUGCUGACGCAAAGAACCGUGGCCCGCUCGACUGUUCUGCAAACUUGGCCCAAGUCCCCCUUCCCUUAUUCGGACUGGAGGAGUCAGGCCGCGAGAACGAUUGUGGUUACCUACUCGGCCUCCUAAGGUGCCCCGGAUGCUCACCCUCGGCAGACAGGCGUCCCGGGACAGUCGAGCCGCCAAAGCUACCCAGCAGUAAUCCCUGCUCUGAAUCGGCGCCCCCGUUACCCGCAGCUGGGAGUCAAGUCGAGAAGGAGGGCUACCGUCCGAUGAGGGCCGUCUUGGAGAGGAAACGGGGGGGUACCAGUCCGAACGACUCGGGUUAUUCAUCUAUGCGCAGCCGUAGAGAUAGCUCCAGUUCAGACUCCGGUCCCGAUUCCGGCUCCUUGGAGGAUCGGGUCCCGUCUCGGCAGCAGGAGGCUGGGAGCACGGAUCGGAUACCCUUCUCGGCAAACUACAGGGGAUCGCAUUCGGCCAAGAACGCCGGCGUUCCCCAUCUGCCGGACGACCAGAACUGCUGCCUGUGGCUGUACAACAUGGCCCCGAACCUGACUUUCAAGGAGCUCUUCGAGUCCCUGCGGGGCACCGGCCGCAUCUUCAGCGCGCACAUCAACCAGUCCGACGGGAAGAAGUUCGAGACGGCCGCGGCAAAGGUCUGCUUCUUCGAGCCCGGAGCAGCGGCCAGGUGCAUGAGGAUGCUCAAGGAGGGGGUCGUCACCAUCCGCGGCUACACGACGCAGGGAAGGUACAACCGCAUCAAGAUCCCGCAGCACGAGUACAGGAGCUACGUCUCGCGCGUGCUCCUCAUCACGGGAGACGGGGCAUACGUAAACCAGCGCUGCCUGACCCGGUACCUCGGCAAGUUUAUCGACUUUGGCACGGACGAGGUCAUCGUCGUCGACGACGAGCAUCGAGAUACCGUCACCGUCGAGUUCCGCUUUGCAAGCUGGAGCAACCAGGCCCAGGCUGUCAAGGCCUGUCUUGAGAAGGAGAAGCCCGUCUGGUUACAGAGAGUUGAGUACCAGAGGGAUCCAUGCGAGAUCAACGAGGGCGAGGGCGAUGACGACGAAACAGCUGAAAGGGGAUGGCGGUGUAUAAAUAAGGGAAGAGGCAUGUGA